UUAUUUGCGCUCUGCCCGCUGGGCAAGCAAAUUAAAGUCAACCUGCAAUGGUCCAUAUGCGAUACAGAUCCCCAGACUGUACUCCAGAAGCUCGGCGAAAAUGAGGGUCGCGGUCCGCAUAAGCAAAGUCUGAUUACUUACUACGACACCGACCGCCCCAUUUAUGCCCAGCAAGGGCUCAUGUUCCGGACGAAAACCAGGAAGGGUCAAGAGACCUCCUUGAUCAAGGUCCGUUUCCCAAAGGCAGUUUCGAAUGUCCCAGAAACAGCAGACUGCGUUUGGGAUCGUUACGGCGACAAGACCUCCUACACCUGCGCAAAGCUAUCCCCUAUACGUGGGACGAGCCUCUGGAGUGAUGAACAAGUCCGCUUCGCUGAGCAUUACCGGAGUAUUGACUGGAAGGAUAUUGUCGCAUUUGGCCCGUACUUAAAUACGAAAUGGAAGCUGAGGAUCAAAGGAUAUAAGGCGGUGUUCGACGAUGUUGUAGCCCGGUCGCACCACCUGAUGGAGAUUGAGGUGAAGGUUUCCACAUCCGAGGGCGAUGACGUUUAUCAGAUGGUCACCAAGUACCUGAGAAAUCGCGGAGUGGCGCUUUGUUACUAUCAGGAACCAAAGACUCUGAGGCUCUUCCGCGCCUUGGGUGUUCCGAGAAUAGCGGAGGUUGAAUCCAAACGCUUAGGCAAAGGAGCUUAA